GACUCGUGAAAGCACAGCCACGGUGUAGCGGUGCGUCUGCUCCAGGCAUUACGGUAAAUGGAGGCUGCGGAGCCGCUCUGUGUCUGUCAGACCAGGAGUUGCUCUGGAAGACGCUGCGCCGGACAGGUCUCGGAUGUUAUCCUUUCUUCGAAGACACAGAAGACAACACCCCAUCUAGUCAGGUGCAGCUGUGAUCCUGGCCCCACUUGACUUUCAGUAAUCUUCUAAAAAUCCUGACACCAACCCUGUGAGAUUUGGAGAGAGGGCAGCUUGUGUCAUCUUCUCAAGUCCUAGAACAACUGACCAGCCAGAAGGAGAGACCCCAUCCUUCGCCCACCCUCCCCUGCUGCUAGCUAGCACUAGCAUGGCAGACAGUCGACAGCCAGAAGACGGUGCCCCCCAGUGGGACCCAUCAAGAGGACAGGAGCCCGCUGGCACUCACGGAGCCAAUGGCUACCCUUCCUCAGCGUUCAGGACCUGCCAGGCUGGUGGCGCCCACUUGGCCACAUCCUCCUACUCAGCCAGAGAGAAUGGCUUCAAUGGGGAGCUCAGUGGUGCUCCUGCAAUAACUGCCGAGCAAGUGUCGGCAAGGAUUGUGCAAGAAGUGACGGCAGAAGCUGUGGCAGUACUGAAGGGAGAACAGGAGACCCAAAGGCUGCCAUCAGUUGAAGACACCACCAAUUUGCCUCCCUCUCCUCCCCCCUCACCUGCUGCAGAACCCUUUGGCCCUCUGGAACAAGAUGUAGGGGAUGAGGAGGAGGCGGGCCCUCUCCGCUGCUUCCAAAAUUCUCGGGAGAGGUGCAAGUUCCUCGCCCCCUCCAUCUCAGUUUCCGUGCCCGAGGACGACCCCUACCACUCCGACGAGGAGUACUAUGAUCACCCAUUGUUCAGCCCAGAGUGGACGCACUCGGGCGCUCGCCCCACAGGGCAGGCUGUGGCCUUUAGACAGAUUGAAGAAGAGACCAUGGAGGCUCUUACAGCUGAAUACGAGGAGGAGGUUGAAGAUGAGGAGGAGGAGGAGGAGGAGAGUGCAGAGGCAGCAGAGUCCGAAGCAGCUCUUGAUGAGCAGCAAUGGAGUGGGGACGAGCCCGAGCUGGACAGCCCCCAAGCUGAGCCCUUAGAGCAGGCAGAGGCCAUAGACGAGGCUCAGGACGUAGACCUGGAGCCAUCCGAAGCAAUUAGUGCUCCUGCAGAAAGCUCUAUGGACAGAGAGGAGGAGGAAGCAGAGGGUGAGGAGAGCCCUGAGACAGCUUUGAAGAUGGACUCAGACAAGCAGGGCAGUGGGUCCAUGAGCCCAGACAGCAUUGGAUCCGAGAAACGCCCGGAGGAGUUUUUUGAGCCCCAGGUCCAAGGAUUUUUUGCUGGGGAACGAGUUGUACCAGAGAGCCCCACAAUGGAUAUGCCGUCCUUUGUACCUCAAACCCAAGCCAAAGAAUCUGCCAAACCGCUCACACUUCAGCCUACAUAUGGUGAGCCAAUCACAGUGUCAGAGAAGCAGCCGUCAGUGGAGGUGGUGGAGUUCAGCAGCAUUGCUGCGUCUUCUGAUUUCUGUUCAAUGGGAAUCAAAGUUCAAGGAGAAGACUCAACAAGAGAUGCAAGAGACAGAUCUGGAAUGUCAGCAUAUUUUGAAACAUCAGCCACAGAGGCUGACAAGGCUCCACAAAGUAAGGGUGAAGGUUAUUACGAACUGAGCAGAGCUGGCGAAGAGAAGAGUCCAAUUGAUUCCAGGUCUCAGGAGAUAAGUUACAGCACACUGGCUGGAGCCCAGGAUCAAUCUGAAAGUAAAAAAAGUACGACAGAAGAUACUGGAGUGUUUGCAGUUCCUGACAGGAAUAAUGAAUGCAGGCUUUCCCCAGGUAAACUGGCCUUGGAGCAGAGGAGUUAUUCACUUAACAUCAACAUUGGAGCAAUCGAUCACAGUGGCCAAGGCAAACCCAAGCACUUCUCCCCACUGGCCACAGAUAUAAUGUCAUACACUAGUGGAAGUCUAGAUGAAUCAGCAGACUACCUCCCAGUUACUACACCCUCUGUGGAGAAGCCUCCAUCCUUCCCUCCCCUGAUUCUGGAGACUGCAGCCUCCAUCACUUCAGAUUCCUCAUCUCCUCCAAGGACCAGUGAACUAGAUUCAAAACCCAGCCCUGAACCAGAGUUGCCUGAAUCACCCCAGCUCCCCAAGAAUACUUUUAAAAAUGGCACAGUGAUGACACAAGACUUGCCUGAGAUGCUGGACCUUGCUGGUACCCGUUCAAGACUAGCAUCCGAGAACAAUGACCCAGAAAUAAUCAGAAGAAAGUCAAUUCAAGCUGAUGUCUCUGCCUUCGCUGAUGACCCACUGGCUAGCCUAAUUUCAGGGGAACUAAGUCCUGGUCCCAGAAAAAGUGACAGCCAGCUUGAGGAGAUGGGUUAUUGUGUAUUCAGUGAAUAUUCAGGGCCCAUGCCAUCCCCUGCAGAUGUGUUUAGCCCUACAAACACUUCUGCACAGGUCUUCACCCCCUCUGUUCUGGAGGCGAAAGUGGCUGAGCAGGCAAGGAGGCUUGCAGUCAGAGACACAUCAUUGGAGGAAAGCACCCAGCAAUUAGCAGCUGCUGAGGUCACUGAGGAGAAAGAUCAGAAGCAGUUAGAUAGAAAGGUUUCCACCGAAGAAAAAGACAAGGAGAUUGCAGAUGGUCAGUUGACUAAAUCUGUAAGUGAGCAGGAGAAACUGGCUCCUCUGCCCAGUGAGUCUUUUGUGACCCCAACAGUCACAGUGACUCUAGAAGAAGGUGGGAGGUCAGUGAGCGAGACUGAACGACAGGCCAGUGGCGAAGGCUCAGCAGCAGAAACCGAGAUCGCUGACUACGAGAGGCAGAUCCGCAAAUUGGAGAUGGAGGACAGACCUCUCAGCGUGGAGGAGGAACGGGAACUGCAGGAGCUUCGGGAGAAGGUGAAGCUGGUCCACCAGGAGGCCUAUGAGGAAGUGGAUGCUGAAGAUGUGUACCAGUUGACCGGCGUGGCCAAGGACCGAAUUGCAAGACCUGUCAAAACUUCACCUGCGUCAUCUGUGGAGAGCAACAUCGAAGAUGACAAGCUGCUCUCCCCUGUGCUCUCACCCUCCAAGCUCAAGCAACGAGAGGUUUAUGGCUCCCCUAAAAGAUCAGUGUCACCAGUAACAAAAGAGGAGAAGGCUAAUGAAGAAUUAGAGAGAAAAGUAAAAGAAGACCACGAGAAGGAAGAAGCUGAAAAGAAAAUGAAAGAAGCGGGAGAGAAGAAAGCGAGAGAAGAGAGGGAAAGGAGAGAGGUAGAGGCAGAGCGGAUAUUGAGGGAAGAAAAAGAAAGGAAGGAGAAAGAACAAAAAGAGCUGGAGGCAAAAGAGAAAUUAGAGAAAGAGAAGAAAGAGAAAGAGGAGAGAGAGAGGAAAGAGAAAGAAGACAUGGAGAUCCAAGAGAGAGAAAAAAAGGAGCGAGAGGAGAGAGAAAGGAAAGAACUAGAAGAAAAAGAAAGAAUUGAGAAAGAAUUGAGGGAAAAGGAAGAAAAAGAAAAAAAAGAGAUGGAACUAAAAGAGAGGGAACUAAAAGAGAAGGAAGAGAAAGAGAAGAUUGAAAGGGAACUGAAAUUGAAGGAAGAGAGGGAGAAAGCAGAAGAGAUGGACAAAAAGGUUGUGGACAAACCUGGGGAGAUAGCUACACAGCCAGGUGAAAAAGCAGAUGUGGAGGAACAGGGAGGAGAGGAAGACAUGUUGGAGAAACCAGGGGCAGCAGCUGGAGCAGAAGUCACGAAGGAGAUCUCUGAGACUCGCGCUGCCAUUGAAUCAGUGGUGACAGUUGAAGACGAUUUCAUCACUGUAGUCCAGACCAUUGACGAAGCAGAGGAGCCGGGACAUAGCGUUCGUUUCUCGGCUCCACCUGAGGCCGAAACCUGUGUCGCUGCCCAGAAAGAUCAAGAGGAGGAGGAGGAGGAGGAAGAGGAGGAAUCUGUGGAGUUGGCACAGGAAGCUGAAAUGGAGGCUGCCAGUUUAGAGGAGGUGGCUGACGUUCCUGAGACCUCUGCCUCCCUCGAAAAGGAGGCAGAAACCAUAGAGACAGAAAGACAGACAGAAAGCUAUGACAGAGAUGAGACCACAAUGGACGACUCCAUCCUGGACAGCUCCUGGGUUGACACUCAAGAUGAUGAUAAGAGCAUGGCAACAGAGCAGAUCGAGUCUUUGUCCAAGGGGCCCAGCCCAGUUAAACAGCCUGGUAUGGUCCCAAGCAAACACUCACAACAGAAGAAGCAAGAGAAACAGGAGAAGCAAUUCAAACCGAAGGCCAAAGGAGGGCGCCCUAGAGGUCGAAUCUCCACACCAGAGCGCAAACCUGUCCGCAAGGAACCUGUCUGCAUCCCCAGAGAGGAGGUCAAGAAGAAGAAAGCUGUGAUAAGGAAGACUGAGCUGACCAAAAAAAUGGAGACUCACAUUCAAUCCCCGUCCAAGAGGACUUUGAUGAAACCAGCAGUCCGCGAGACCCGCCCCACCCACCACUCCUGCCCCAGAAGGAGACACACAGAAGCCCGACCAGACGGCCGUCAGCCUCUCAGUGUUGCAAGACAGUCUCGUGACAGAGCAUCAGAUGGUGGAUCACGGAGCCCAGACAAGAAGUCUCUGCCGCGGCACACCUCCAUUCUGAGUCGCCGUGGGUACCAUGACCAGGAGGAGAGUUCCACCUCCAUCACCAGCUCCGGCUCAACGGCUCCCCGCAGACCCACAUCAUUUCGCACUGAGAUGAGGGCAGAGCACAGGACAGGACGAGCCCCAAGUAUGACAGUUGCAGAAUCAAUGCGCUCACGUUCAGCUCGCAGUGGCCACUCUACUCCCCGCACCCCGGGGUCCACAGGCAUCACCCCAGGGACCCCUCCCAGCUACUCGUCAUCCUCGAGGACCCCUGGAACCCCUCGCUCCCUCAGCUUGAUUUCCCAGGAGAGGAAGGUGGCAGUAGUCCGCACCCCACCCAAGUCACCCGCAACCACACCCAAGCAGCUUCGCAUCAUCAACCAGCCACUGCCUGACUUCAAGAACAUCAAGUCCAAGAUCGGCUCCACAGAGAAUAUCAAGUACCAGCCCAAAGGAGGACAGAAGCACACGGACCAAAAUGCGCCGCCAGAGGCCAAACACAAGGCUUCUUGGAUCUGGAAGUCAUUGCUGCGCCUCAUCUCUGUAACUCUGUGUGUGUCAGCGGCUCACAGUGUGACCUGGACACAAGACCUGCUGAUUUAUAUUUUAAACAGGAAGGUGGACUUCAGUCACGCACUGUCAAAAUGCAGCUCCAAGGAGAAUCUGAAGGACUCUCCUCGUGGAGGCAAUGUGCAGAUACAGUACAAGAAGAUUGACUUGAGCCAUGUGACCUCCAAGUGUGGCUCUCUUGACAACAUCCAUCACCGACCUGGGGGCGGUAACGUGCGUAUAGAGACUGUGAAGUUGGACUUCAAAGACAAGGCCCAAGCCAAGGUGGGUUCCCUGGAUUAUGCUCACCACAUGCCUGGUGGAGCCCACCUCACGAUUGAGACCCACAGGCUUGCGUUCCGCGACCAGGCCAAGGCCCGGGUCGACCAAGGAGCCGAGAUCAGUAUCCAGUCACCAGGCGUGUCCGGCACGGUGUCCCCCAACCGCAACCGGGACAGCCACCUGUCCUCCUCCGGCAGCCUCAACAUGACGGAGUCGCCACAAUUAGCGACCCUGGCUGAGGACGUCACCGCAGCUCUGGCGAAGCAGGGUUUGUGAACACUGGACCCCAGACUUCCUCGCCAUGAUCCACUGGAACUUUUCUGCCCACUCCUGCCACCCUGAGGCCAACCUCAGCUAAACCAUGAACAUCUCCGCCUCCAAUACCCAUGUCUCAACUCUGAGUAGAAACUGAAAUUAGGAGCUACUGUACUUUGGUCCUCUUUAUUUUUCAUCUCUUUAAAGAGAUGUGUGUUAUUUCUGAUUCAUUUUGUUGGCCUCUCUCUCUUUGGAUGAUGUUGCAUAGAAUAGUUCAGAUUGAGCGCUGGUCCUAGAUCAGAUUGAGGACCAGUCAUUGACUUUAACUGUCCUGGAUCAGUAUUUUUGAAGAAGCUACAGCCUUGGCCAGCACACCAUGCAGCACGUGUUGUUCUUGCUCAGUAACUGUGCAUGGACUCCAAAACCCCCUAACAAACCAAGCAUCCUUACUGCGAGUCAUUCUUGUCAUCCAAUAUAUAAUAUAUUCAACAAAUAUAUAUAGAAACAUGUAUAAAAAAUACAAGUCCUUUGCCAUCUAAAUGUCCAUGAAACAUUUUAAAAGGAAGCGACACUAUGGCGAUAAAAUAUACCUGUAAAAUUGCAUAAGUGCAAGAACUAGGUCUCGUGUUAUGACAAGCAUGUAUUGAUUCAAAUAUUAAAAAGAGGCUAUUUUGUAAUUUAAAAAAAAGCAAUUUUAGUAAGUUAUUUCCUCACUUAUUGGAUAAAACUGAAACAAGUUCAUGUUUUGUAGUUAUUAGUUGUUUACAGUGUAACGCUUGGUGACAGUGUCAGACAGCUGAUGUGGUGUUGCUAAGGGAUGCAUCUCUGUCCUGUUGAAGAGCAUCAUACACUCGUACCUGCUCAGUAGUUCGUUAUAGGAUCCUGUUUACACGUCAGAACGUUGUUACACACCGGAGUUGGUCCACACGCCUCCAUCCCAGAAAGGAAAAUGGCAAAAAGUGUGUUGUCUUUACAGCUGCAGGUAAUCAGAUUACAUGAUUGACGAGAGAACAGACUGAUGCUGCGCUCAUCAGGACUGAAUCUGAACCACAGUGGAAGACGCUACUGUUUGCGACAGGUGAUAUAGAGGAAGAGCAGCUAGUGUGUGCGUGUGUGUGUGUGCGUGUGUGUGCGUGUGUGUGUGUAUGUGCGUGUGUGUGCGUGUGCAUUCGAGCAUUCGGUGCAGAUCCCACGUUGUUUUACAACAGAUGCUACCGUAUGUGGAUGUUGAGUGGCAAUAUGUUGGAGAAGAAAUUGGAUUUCAUUUCUUUUCUGCUUUUUUUUUUUGAAACAUCAAUAAUUAAAACAACACUCGAUGAAGAAAAAUAAAUAAAACGACAGAGGAAACUUCUGUUACAUCUGUUUUGAAAAAAAAGUGUUUGGGUUAUCUAGUUUCUCUUUCAGACACCAUCUGUGGUAUAUCCUGCCUCCUGCCUAAUUACUGCCCUCACCCGGGACUUGUUUGUUUGCUUCUGUGUUUCUUCUGCAUCCCCCCCCCAUCUCCGUGUGCCCCCUCCCCACCUCCUGCUCAACCAUACAGCAACUGUAAAUGUAUUUAAAAGGUCAAGUAGAUGUACGCAGUUUUUCUCUUGUUGAUAUGACACCACUUACAAUAAUUAAUGACAAUAAAAAGGACAAAAACUGAA